UUGAUAUUGCCCUAACAACUUUUUCAUGAAUCAAUUUUGAGCAUUAUGUUUACAACGUAGUUAUUAUAGCACGAAAUAUGAGUCUAAAAUGCCAAAUACUUGCAACUAUUAUGUUAAUCACUGAAAUCUUAGUGUACUAAUUGCUCGCUAUAAGCUAGGUUAUUGCGCCCCUAAACCAACGUACUGACAACGCUACCUCCCCGGAACUCAAACUUUAACGAGACCUGAUAACUUACAUUCUCUGUGUCUGCUGAGUGAACAAAUCGAUAAGUUCCAUUUAUCAUUGAACUAUUCCAAAGAACUAUUGGAUGAAUUACCUACCCUGGAAUCUGGCACGAGCACAUCUUCCUCUGAGACAGCGUUUGUUAUGCCUCACUUCAUGGACCAAACCAACACAUCAAGGGGGCAGUGGGAACCCUAAUGUCGGCAUAUUAGCUGGAUUGCAGUGCAGCCCUCACACUUUUAUCACUGUUCCCUCUCCUGGUGGUUUAGCUCUCCUCUUAACCUUCAAACAGAACUUGAUGCGACCCAAUUCAACGAUACUCGGAUUAAAUCGCCCAAAACAAAGUUGGCAGCUACAUGCACCUGCCACCAUGCAAAGGCACAAGGGACAGCCUUGCCCCAGGAAAGACGAGGAUGAGGAAGUAGCGUCCACUUCAUCACAUGACAAGGCACCAGGUGAGAAGGCUAUCAAUAAGAGAAGGCAUCAGGCAAGCGCAUCGUCCAUGGACAUGGAUGAAGCUAAUAACAGGAGACCAGCAUCAAAACAUCACAGCCAUGAGAGUAGGCCUGCAGGUCAGCACGGUAUUGGAAAAUACACAUGGUUGAGGCGCCAGUGGAUCUCUAUAGACAGUGGACGAGAACAUCCAAAAGGAUUGGACUUUAGCGUGAUGUCAUACAACGUGCUGGCACAAAGCCUCCUUGAGGAACAUAGAGACAUGUACCAUCAUUGUGAGCCAUCUUUCCUCAACUGGGAAUAUCGCCGCAAAGAGUUGAUAGAAGAGAUCAAGUUUUUUCAUCCUGAUGUGAUCUGUAUGCAAGAGGUUCAGGGUGACCAUUACUAUGAUUUCUUCGCCCCAAAGAUGAAGAAACUUGGCUACCAAGGCGUGUACAAGAAGCGGACACAUGAGAAGGUAGAUGGUUGUGCUACAUUCUUCAAUGAGAGGAAAUUUGCCCUGGAGAUUGCCAUGCCAGUGGAGUACUUCAAUUCUGAGCAUCCUCUUCUGGAUAGGGACAACGUUGGUUUGGUUGUACUGCUGAAACUGGUGCCUCGUGUGAGAGUAAGUCCAAGGAAAAAACGGCAUGAAACUGUUGCCUCAACCGAUGCAAGACUCUGUGUUGCUAACACACAUCUACUGUUUAAUCCACGCCGAGGAGACGUGAAACUAGCUCAGCUCUGCAUCCUUCUGGCUGAGAUUGACAAGAUUGCAGCCAAGCCUGAUUUCUCGGGGCACCACCCAGUGAUCUUGUGCGGUGACUUCAAUCUCUGCCCUCUCAGUCCAUUGUACCAUUUCCUUGUUGGAAAAAGCUUGAAUUUGAAAGACUUCUCAGGUAAAGAUUUGUCUGGUCAGAAAGAGUCACAGAGGGGAGGCCAUCUCCCAAUGUCACCAAAUAACUUGCCGCCAAGGCUGCAAAUAUCUGAUCAGUGCCAGUAUAUGACAGAAGUUGCCAAGAGACAGAGAGAAAGAAACAAGGCAACAGUUCAAAAGAUUCUGGAGCAAGACAGGGAUGGUAAUAUGAGUGAGUUAGAGAAUCCAAGCAAGACUAGCAAUAACAGUGAUAUGCACUUGAAUUCCUUUGGAAGUGGUGUCAUAUCAAAUCACUUGAAAUUAGUGUCUGUCUUUGGACAUGAGACACAACGUGCCAACGGCAGGCGGUACCCAGUAGUCUCCACAAAACACGGUCGCUCGGAAGCUAAUGUUGACUUUAUGUUCUACUCUGUUGAGAAUAAAUUGCAGGGGGUGGACCAUGUCAGUGCUUUCUUGAAGGACAAGGAUGGGCUCCUUGAAGAGGGGACUCUCAAGUUGCUGUCAAAACUAGACUUGUACACCCCAAAGGAGGUUCGCACAAUUGGUGGUUUCCCUAGCAAAUACUAUCCGUCAGACCACAUCCCAUUGAUGGCAGAUUUCAGGUUGUGUUUCUGAGUCGAUCCAUCCAGUUAGACUUUGCCAUAGUUGGUCGCUGCUUGAGACAGCUUUGUUCAAAUUUCAAUCUUGUUGAUGGUUAUUUUACUGAAAAAGAUUUCUACAAGCAACACUGGUUUUACAUCUUUUACGUCUUUAAUAAAAAUGGUGACAAUA